UGUAUUACUACAACCCUGUUUUCACAUAAUGGUAUCAUCCAUUUUAUCCCGCCCCCGCCGCCAUUUUCCAUGUUAUUCUCUUCUCCCAGUGUUUCACCAAUUUUGAAUGCAUCAAUUUCUUAUAAUUUGUUAAAUUUGGAUUAUUAACUUCCCGGCUUCUCCAGCUAAGUGCGGAGGGAGCUUAUCUCCGUAGUCAGCCAAGGAGCCGCCUUGUUCAGACAGCCAUGUACAUCAAACAGGUCAUCAUCCAGGGGUUCCGAAGUUACAGGGACCAGACUGUGGUGGACCCCUUCAGCCCAAAACACAAUGUCAUCGUGGGAAGAAAUGGAUCAGGAAAAAGUAACUUUUUCUAUGCCAUCCAGUUUGUGCUCAGUGAUGAGUUCAGCCACCUGCGACCUGAACAGCGCCUGGCUCUGCUCCACGAGGGAACUGGUCCUCGUGUCAUUUCGGCUUUUGUGGAGAUUAUUUUUGACAACUCUGACAACCGGCUGCCGAUCGACAAAGAGGAAGUCUCCCUCCGCCGUGUCAUUGGCGCAAAGAAGGACCAGUACUUCUUAGACAAGAAGAUGGUGACUAAGAACGACGUCAUGAACCUUCUGGAGAGUGCCGGCUUCUCUCGCAGCAACCCCUACUACAUCGUCAAGCAGGGAAAGAUCAACCAAAUGGCCACGGCUCCUGACUCCCAGCGUCUGAAGCUUCUGAGAGAGGUGGCGGGAACACGAGUGUACGAUGAGCGCAAAGAGGAGAGUAUUUCUCUCAUGAAGGAGACAGAGGGGAAGCGAGAGAAGAUCAAUGAGCUGUUGAAGUACAUCGAGGAGCGUCUGCACACCCUGGAGGAUGAGAAGGAGGAGCUGGCUCAGUACCAGAAGUGGGACAAGAUGAGAAGAGCCCUGGAGUACACCAUCUACAACCAGGAGCUGAACGAGACCCGCGCCAAGCUGGACGAGCUGUCCAGCAAGAGAGAGACCUGUGGAGACAAAUCCAGACAGCUGCGUGAUGCUCAGCAAGAUGCCCGCGACAAAGUAGAGGAGACGGAGCGUGUGGUGCGAGAGCUGAAGUCUAAGAUCUCUGCCGGGAAGGAGGAGCGCGAGCAGCUGGGGGCCGAGCGCCAGGAGCAGAUCAAGCAGAGGACCAAACUGGAGCUGAAGACUAAGGACCUGCAGGACGAGCUGGCAGGCAACAGCGAGCAGAGGAAACGCCUGCUGAAGGAGCGUCAGAAGCUUCUGGAGAAGAUCGAGGAGAAGCAAAAUGAGUUGCAGGAGACUGAACCCAAAUUCAACAUGGUGAAGGAGAAAGAGGAGCGGGGCAUAUCCAGACUGGCCCAGGCGACCCAGGAGAGGACAGACCUGUACGCCAAGCAGGGCCGAGGCAGCCAGUUCACCUCCAAGGAGGAGAGGGACAAGUGGAUCAAGAAGGAGCUGAAGUCUCUGGACCAGGCCAUCAACGACAAAAAGAGGCAGAUCGCAGCCAUCAACAAAGACCUGGAGGACACGGAGACCAACAAGGAGAAGAACCUCGAGCAGUACACUAAACUCGAUCAAGAUCUUAAUGAGGUGAAGACCCGCGUUGAGGAACUGGACAAAAAAUAUUACGAGGUGAAGAACAGGAAGGAUGAGCUGCAGAGCGAAAGAAACUACCUGUGGCGGGAGGAGAACGCAGAGCAGCAGGCCCUGGCUGCCAAACGAGAAGAGCUGGAGAAGAAGCAGCAGCUCCUCCGAGCGGCCACCGGCAAGUCUAUUCUGAACGGCAGUGACAGCAUCAACAAAGUCCUUGAGCAUUUCCGUCGCAAGGGUAUCAACCAGCAUGUCAUCAGUGGUUACCAUGGCAUCGUCAUGAAUAACUUUGAGUGUGAGCCCGCCUUUUAUACCUGUGUCGAGGUGACUGCUGGAACCAGACUGUUCUAUCACAUUGUGGAGACUGACGAGGUCAGCACCAAAAUACUGAUGGAGUUCAACAAAAUGAACCUGCCUGGAGAAGUCACAUUCCUGCCCCUGACCAAGCUGGAUGUCAGGGACACCGCCUACCCAGAGACAAACGAUGCUAUUCCCAUGAUCAGCAAGCUGCGCUACAGCAACACCUUCGACAAGGCCUUCAAGCACGUGUUCGGGAAGACUCUGAUCUGUCGCAGCAUGGAAGUCUCCACCCAGCUGGCCAGAGCCUUCACCAUGGACUGUAUCACUCUGGAGGGUAACCUGACAUGCAAUACACAGUACUUCAAACAUAUAAGUGACCAGGUGAGUCACCGUGGAGCUCUGACCGGAGGCUACUACGACACCAGGAAGUCUCGCCUGGAGCUGCAGAAAGACAUGAGGAAGGCCGAGGAGGAGCUGGGGGAGCUGGAGGCCAAGCUCAACGAGAACCUGCGCCGGAACAUCGAACGUAUCAACAAUGAGAUCGACCAGCUGAUGAACCAGAUGCAGCAGAUCGAGACUCAGCAGAGGAAGUUUAAGGCGUCCAGAGACAGUAUUCUGUCUGAGAUGAAGAUGCUGAAGGAGAAGAGGCAGCAGUCAGAGAAGACCUUCAUGCCCAAGCAACGCAGCCUGCAGAGUUUGGAGGCCAGCCUCCACGCCAUGGAGUCUACCAGGGAGUCACUGAAGGCCGAGCUCGGCACAGACCUGCUCUCUCAGCUCAGCCUGGACGACCAGAGGCGCGUCGAUGACCUCAACGACGAGAUCCGCCAGCUUCAGCAGGACAACAGACAGUUGUUGAAUGAGAGGAUUAAGCUGGAGGGCAUAAUGACCAGAGUGGAAACGUAUCUCAACGAGAACUUACGGAAGCGUCUUGACCAAGUGGAGCAGGAGCUGAACGAGCUGCGAGAGACUGAGGGAGGCACCGUGCUCACAGCCACCACGUCUGAGCUGGACGGCAUCAACAAACGUGUCAAAGAGACUCUGUCACGAUCAGAAGAUCUUGAUCUUCUGGUCGACAAGAUCGAGGUCGAGAUCAAGGACCACAUAAAGAGCAUGGAGCGCUGGAAGAACAUCGAGAAGGAUCAGAAUGACGCCAUCAACAGCGACACCAAGGAGCUGGAGAAGAUGACCAACAGGCAGGGCAUGCUGCUCAAGAAGAAAGAGGAGUGCAUGAAGAAGAUCCGAGAGCUCGGCUCGCUGCCUCAGGAGGCCUUCGAGAAGUACCAGACCCUCUCAAUCAAACAGUUGUUCCGUAAACUGGAGCAGUGCAACACAGAGCUGAAGAAGUACAGCCACGUCAACAAGAAAGCUCUGGAUCAGUUUGUGAACUUCUCUGAGCAGAAGGAAAAGCUCAUCAAGCGCCAGGAGGAGUUGGACCGCGGUCACAAAUCCAUCAUGGAGCUCAUGAACGUCCUGGAGCUGCGCAAGUACGAGGCCAUCCAGCUCACCUUCAAACAGGUGUCGAAGAACUUCAGUGAGGUUUUCCUGAAGCUGGUGCCCGGAGGCAAAGCCACGCUGGUGAUGAAGAAGGGCGACGCUGAAGGCAGCCAGUCUCAGGACGAGGGUGAGGGCGGGGGAGACAGUGAGAAGGGCUCGGGCUCCCAUAGCAGCGUUCCUUCAGUGGACCAGUUCACCGGAGUGGGCAUCAGGGUGUCGUUCACAGGGAAGCAGGGGGAGAUGAGAGAGAUGCAGCAGCUGUCUGGAGGUCAGAAGUCUCUGGUGGCUCUGGCUCUGAUCUUUGCCAUCCAGAAGUGCGACCCCGCUCCCUUCUACCUGUUCGAUGAGAUCGACCAGGCCCUCGACGCCCAGCACAGGAAGGCUGUCUCAGACAUGAUCGUGGAGCUGGCCGGCCACGCCCAGUUCAUCACCACCACCUUCAGGCCCGAGCUGCUCGAGUCCGCUGACAAGUUCUAUGGAGUCAAAUUCAGAAACAAGGUGAGUCACAUCGAUGUGAUCACAGCGGAGCAGGCCAAAGACUUUGUGGAGGAUGACACCACCCAUGGUUAAAAGCCCUCAACUCUUCAGCCUCCUUCGCCUCUACAGUGCACUGUGAAGCUUGAAGCCUUCCACAACAUAAAUAUCUUGCUCUAUACACCAGCCUCUUUUUGGCUUUCUGUUAAAGACAAACAAUGCAGCAAGUGUUAUGCUUCUCUGACCAUCCACCCAGACUGCAAUAGGAUUGGACAUGUUUUGAUAACAUUCGGAAUACCCCAGUUUCUUUUUUCAUUCCAGGCUGAUAAAACUACACAUUUGAUACAAAAAAAAGCAUGCAGGGGCCACUGUUUUGUCCCAUUCCCUGCAUUGCUGUGCCUCUCGUGUAACAACCACACUCUAUCUGACAACUGACAAAACUGUAGUUGUUUAACACUGAAUCAUUUUGUCUAAAGAGGUCCUUAAGAAAGAAAAUGUUCUGGCAAAAAAAGUCUUGAGCUGAGUUUUGGUAAUCUGUUAUUUGCAAUGCCAGAGACCCUCUAAAAUAUCUUCAUGACCUUUUCAGACAGCAAAUAGUCUUCUGUACAGUUCUUUUUUUAUAUACGACUUAGAUGACGAUUAUUAAAAGUGGAGAUUGGAGGGUCUCGUAGUUCUCAGCUUUAGUUGUCACCCUGUUCACUCUGAGGUUUCUGUAAUGUAUACUCUUUAUACUCCUGAAACAUUGCUAACCUUUAUUUGUCAUAACCAGCCACACAGCUUCAAGUGUUUAAAGGUUGUGUUUCCUUUAUGGUUGUUUCUGUAAUGUGUUAUUUCCUGUUUUUAGGUAAUUUAAGUAUAUGAAAUGUUUAGUUCCAAACAACAGAUAUCCAUUGUGGAAUCAAACGCAGCUCCACAGUCGACAAUUCAAAAGCAGAAGAUAUUCAGCAAUGGUUCCAUUUCUAUUUGGGUCCUGAAAUAACUUCAGUUGUGCUUUUCUGGAAUGCCAAGUUGUAAUUUAUCAUUUCUUUACUGUGUGAAUUGUUUGGGAUUAAACUCCUCAUAUGUUGCACCUAGUUUCAAAUCUACUUUUUAGAUGUUUUGGUUCAUUUAUAUGUAACGAGAAAACUUACAAAAAUAAUAAAAUAUUUUAAAAAUAAAA